ACAGCCAACUAAAACUUCACUACCCACAGAAACACAAACCCUAAACAGCAAAACCCUCUCUUUCUCUGACAUGGCUCUCUGUUUUACAAAACUGGUGACACUCUUGCUACUCAUCUCUGCCAUACCCAUUGGGAUCAUCGUCACGCUGGAGAGGGCCAACCCUGCCACCAAUGUCCAUUACUAUCACAGUUCUGGCUGGUUCAGAGAAGACGCCAAGUGGGACCCUCAUCAUCGCCGUUUCAUAGUUUCCUUCUUCGAAGGUGGUCUUGGUCAACUAAAGCUGCCGGAGAAUGGGUCUUCGCCGUCACCGUUGGAGGAAGUCACGGUGGUCAAAGAGCCCCACGUGGCCAGAAAUGCUUCUCUGGGGGUCGCCGUUGACCCACCCAGAAACCGGGUUCUCGUGGUUAACGCUGACGUCUGUAAAAACCGCUACAACGAACUUGCAGCGUACGAUCUCUCGUCCUGGAAACGCCUCUUCGUGACCCAACUCAGUGGUCCCAGUGAUGAGAAAUUAAUCUUUGGCGGAUGACAUAGCAGUGGACGAUGAAGGCAAUGCCUAUGUUAUAGAUGCAGUAGGCAAUAAAAUCUGGAAAGUUAGUGUGGAAGGGAAGCUUGUAUCAAUGGUUAGACACCGAGUGUUUAGUCCAAAGAAGUGGUGGCAGAAGCACUUGGUUGGGCUAAAUGGAAUAGUUUACCACCCAGAUGGGUUUCUGAUAGCGGUUCACAGCGUAAGUGGGGAUUUGUUUAAGAUAGAUAUAGCAAAAGGAGAGGAAGUGAAGAUAAUAAAGGUGAAAGGAUUGUGAGGGAUGGUUUGUUUUGCAGAUGGGUUGGCACUGUUGUCUCGUACUAAGGUGGUAGUUGUCGGGAAUCCUCCAGGGAGAUUAGUGGAGAGCAAUGAUGGGUGGAACACAGCUUCUGUUGUGGGAACAUUCUCAGGGCUUACCCAUCGCUUUGCCACUGGAGCAAGAGCAACUGUCAAAAUGAACUAUAUGAUUGGAAUGGGAUACCCCAAAGUGAACCAUGCAAUUCUUGA